CAAAUCCAUCCCACCAAAGAACAGGAAAGAUCAUCAUCACUGCUAAAAAGGGAAGGAAAACGACCCGUACAUGCCAUUUCUCGUCUGUACAUAUAUAUAUACAUGCAGAGAGGGAAGAGCGCCCAUCCCUUACAAUUCAAAAAUCCUUCCACCCCUUUUUAAGAUUUUCUUCAUGGAUAGUCGUUUCAAGCUCGGAAUCUCUCGUAUAUUUCGUGCUUCUUUCAAUUCCUGCAGAUCCAAACACAUUUCAGAUGAUGCCCAAGAACCAGUUUUCAUCCACCAUCCUUUCCAUUUGCUUCAACCAACUACCCCCCUCGAUCGAUCCCAUUCGUCGGUUCGCCGACUGGAUGAUACCGAUGGCGGAAGUCGUCCACCUGCUUCGCCCAUUUCUCCUUUGAAUUCCCAUAUUAAGUUUCAAGAAUUCAGGAAUAAGGAGGAAGGAAAGGUGAUGAAGACAAAGAAGAAGAAGGUGAAAGGCAGAGAAGCUGUUGAUAUGGCGCUUUCGAGCACUUCGUCAACGGACACUCAUGGGAUCUUUAGUACAGAUGAUGAGAGAGAGGAGGAGACUGAGACGUUGGUCUCUUCGAAGAGCUUUUCUUCUGAUUCUUCGGAAUUACACUGCUUCCGUCGUGGCUGCUUGAGAAGAAGUAGAAAAUCUCAUCGUAGGAAGAUUCAUAUAAGAAAUUCCAACUUGGGUUUUCAGCCGUUGGAUUAUAUUCCUCCUAAUGCCAUGAUGGAAGGGAAGGUCAGGGAGAGCGUCGCGGUGGUCAAGAGAUCCAAUGAUCCUUACGGAGAUUUCAGGAGAUCGAUGGUGGAGAUGAUAAUAGAGAAGCAGAUGUUCACGGCCAACGAUCUAGAGCAGCUCCUCCGGUGCUUCUUAUCGUUGAAUUCUGCACACCAUCAUCAGGUUAUUGUCGAGGCCUUCUCGGAGAUUUGGGUGGCUUUAUACACUAACUGGCCGUGAUUGUGUUAUUUAGAUUGUUAGUAGGUGUUUUCUUUCAAUUUCUUUGGUGGUUUUUUUUUUUUCUCUCUUUUGUUGUUGUUGUCCUUCUUAUGUCUUGUAAGAAAGUAGGAGCUGUUUUGCUUCUUUAAUGGGAUUUCCUUGCAGUUCAGUAGAUGUAUUUAACUGAUCUUGACUAUAUUAAUAGAUCCUUCUAUAUA